AUGAUUUGUCGCGUUGGACCAGUCUCUUUAUCAUCGCGUAAAGCGCUGGUCGCUAUAGUUCUAUUUGUCUUUCUCUUCUGGCAUUUAUCAGGCGUCUCCAGGUCAACCCCAAAGCUACAUCUACAAUUCGUGCCAAGCACAUUUGACUGGUCAACCUUGCGCCAAUUUCAUCCUCCGACGUCUAUCAAGCCUCUACCAACAGCAAAGCCUCACAAGUUGCCUCGUGUCCAGGCUGAUUCAAGCAAAUUCCGUCAAACCUCAAGCACGCAGAUUCGCCAAAAGGCUGUCCGCGAUGAGUUUCUUCGCAGUUAUAGGUCGUACAAGAAGUAUGCCUGGAUGAAGGAUGAAUUAACGCCUCUUACUGCCCAAGGAAAAGACACCUUUGGAGGAUGGGCAGCAACUUUGGUGGACUCUCUGGACACGCUCUGGAUUAUGGGUCUCCACGAAGAGUUCGGCGAGGCUGCCCAAGCGGCUGUGACUCUUGACUGGGGAAAACCUCAUGAAAGUGCUGUCAAUCUAUUUGAAACGACAAUUCGACACCUUGGUGGUCUUCUUGGUGCCUAUGAAUUAAGUCACGAGAAAGUAUUACUCCAGAAGGCUAUUGAGCUGGGGGAAAUGCUUUAUGUUGCCUUUGACACGCCUAACAGACUGCCUGGCUUCUGGCUCAACUUUGAAGAUGCCAGGAAAGGAAAGCAGAUCGCGGGUGUCCAUGAUCCUUCUGCCUCGCCUAGUUCCUUGGUCAUGGAGUUUACCAAGCUGUCCUUGCUGACAGGCGAUCCUAAAUUCUACGAUGCCACAGAUCGUGUGACGCAGUUUCUCGUCAAGGUUCAAAAUAGCACCCUACUGCCUGGCAUGUGGCCUGUCAGCCUCGACUUUCAAAACGAGCAGGCCCAUGACAACACAUUCUCUCUCGGAGCCCUAGCUGACUCUUUGUAUGAGUAUCUGCCCAAGAUGCAUGCACUUCUGGGCGGCAUAGAUGAGAAUUAUCCCAUCAUGUACCGCACAGCUAUGGAUGUGGUGACAAAGCACUUGCUUUACCGACCCAUGCUGCCGGAUCAAGAUGAUGUCUUGUUUUCUGGCGACGUUCGUGUCAAUGACAAGAUUGAGCUUAGCACCGAGAGCCAGCAUCUUACAUGUUUUACUGGAGGUAUGUUUGCCCUUGGUGGCAAGCUUUUGGGUAUCGAAGAGCAUGUCAAGAUUGGGGAAAGACUUGCCCGUGGUUGUGGCUGGGCAUACAAAGUGUUCCCUACAGGAAUGAUGCCUGAGAUCUUCAACCUCUUGGCCUGUCCGAGCCUAGAACCAUGCGUGUACGACAAGGAGCGCUGGAACCCUCCAAGAGAUGACAUUCCCUCGGGUUUUCGACAUGCCCGAGACCCAAGAUAUCUCCUCCGUCCAGAAGCUAUCGAGAGCAUCUUUAUCAUGUACCGCAUCACAGCGGAUCCGAUCUGGCAGGACGUGGCUUGGGAUAUGUUCCAGGCGAUUGUUCGUUACACAGCCACUCCACUUGGCAACGCAGCUAUUGAGGAUGUCGUCAACGUGGAUACGAAGCAAACAGAUUCCAUGGAGAGUUUCUGGUUAUCAGAGACGCUGAAGUACUUUUACCUCAUCUUUUCACCGCCUGACCUCAUCAGCUUGGAUCAAUAUGUUUUGAAUACAGAGGCUCACCCAUUUAGACGGCCAACGCAAGCUACUCCCAGAAAUGAACCACCACCACCACCAACAGAAGAAUCUACAACAUGUCGCGAAUGUCGGCGCCGCAAAGUCAAAUGCGACGGUGUCAUGCCCGUCUGCACCAUCUGUCGAAAACAACUCACCCUCUUGGAAGAACGUCUGGAAAAAGCUGAAACUGUCCUUCGACGCCACUACACCGACAGUCAAAUCGCAGAGAUGCUAGAAGAGUCCAAAGAAGGAUUACUAGCUCAAAGUAAAGCUCAGAGUAAAGCACAAGAACCCGCACUACAAGUACAAGAGCCAACACCAGCACAAACCCCCGGGUUAGUCAGCCUGCCUGCUACCACUGCAGACAAUCUCAUGCAACUACCAACUCCCACUACAGACCCUGGCUUUUACUUGGCAGGCCAAUCCAACAUAGCGAACCUAACUGCGGAUCCUUUCCUUCUAGCACCCAUCGGUGAACUGGAAGCUAGUGCUGGACUAUGGGCUGCUUCACAAGACGCUGCGUUUGAAUUUGCCCCAGCCACGGCCGAUGACUUUGAAUGGAACGAGCAGGAAACAUCCUGGGGAACCUAUGAUCCAGCCAGCUGGUCUAUAACAAAUCAUGUUGACGGAAACCCAUCUCAAGCUAUCAUGGACGGCAUGGCUUCCUUGACUAUCGGUGACCAGAAGAGAGGAUAUUAUGGAGCUGCGUCUGGAUCCGCUCUUUUGCGACAGAUCCUAUCAGCCCGUCCUGACGGUGAAGAGGUCGACAACGAUGUUGCACUCCACGAGAUCGAAUCUCUAUUCCAGCAGCACUCAGAUCACUCACAAUGGUUCCGCUCACAAGCCAUGCUUACCAGAGUCGCUGUCGAAAACCUCAUCGACGCAUUCUUCGUCUUCUAUCAUCCUACAUUCCCUAUCGUCCAUGAGCCCACCUUCCGAGCCCAAUACGCAGGGACACUGCCUUGCGCCAACAAAGGUCACUGGAACACCCUCGCAAAUAUCCUCGCGGCGCUGGGAUCCUUUGCGAGCAGCAACGUGGCCGACGCAACAGACCUUCCCAUUUUCCAGGCAGCGCAAAAAAGCUUGUUUUCAAACUAUCUCGAAGUUGGAAAUCUCACCCUAGUACAGGCGUUUAGCUUGUCAUCCAACUAUAUGCAAAAAAGAAAUAAGCCCAAUACCGGGUUCAACUAUGGCGGACUUGCUAUAAGGUUGGCGAUCGGCUUGGGACUUCAUAAAGAUUUGGAGGGAAAUAGUCUGUCGCCUUUGCAAAGUGAGACGAGGCGUAGGAUAUGGUGGUGUUUGUGUGUGCUCGAUGUGGGCGCUACCAUUACUUAUGGAAGGCCGCUGAACUGGCCUCAGGCUGGUGUCGAGACAGCGUUCCCGCAAAACAUACAUGAAAAGGACCUCACCCACGACUCAACCCACUGUCCACCAGAAGUCGACGGUAUAACCAUGUACACAUACAUCAGAGUCCAAUCAGCCUACCAUCUCAGCACAAUGACAGUCUACAACCGUCUCAUAACCAGCCCCUUCCCUUCAGCAACAGAGCUCAUUACUCUAGACGACGUAUGCAUCGGCUCUUGGCUGGCACAAGUGCCAUACUACUACCGUACAGUUCCACCACCAGACUCUGAAUACGGCCUUGGUAUGGGUAUUUCAGAGUGGCGUUACAGAAAUCUUCGUAUUGUCAUGUACAGGCCCUUCUUGGUCAGAUGGGCAAGAUCAUCGGCACAAAACACUCAGCAGAAUCUGACCAGCAGUGAGAACCUGGCAGUGUUUAGAUGUCUUGACGCGGCCAAAGAGUCUGUCAUGCACAUCCAAAGUUACUGGACAUCUCGCUCACAUUCCAGAUUGGCUGCUUUCUACAUUCUGUACUUCUUAUUCCAUGCCACUUUGAUCCCUGUCCACUGCCUCAGACAAAACCCUCAUCACGCUCUCGCUCCCGACUGGCGCUCGCAGAUCCAAGCUUCCCUUGCCGUCAUGGGUGGUAUGGUUGAGCUUAACCCCAACAGCUCGAAGUGCCGAGACAUCACGCUCAAGCUUUGCUGGCCGCAUUUAAACGAGGAUGGUACGCGUACUUACUGCGAAAACCCAUCCUUUAUGCCAAAUGUAGCAGAGAAUGAAGCUGCGUCCAUCAUCAGCGGUUACAACACAUGGUGCGAGUCCAUGUCCAACGCCGGAAUAUCGGUGCCGACGUAUGAAUGGGCAGACGAUAAUGAUUCAGCGCUGGGUUUCUUCUAA